CUUUGUGACCUCUGGCUUGUAGCCCGGAAGUGGAAGUACGGGAGGGGAGUGAGGUGGGGAGAAGUUGGUAAGAUGCCCACUGCGGUGAUGGCGGAAAACUCGCUGGGAUUCAGCAAACUGCUGGAGCAGUGUGAGAUCCAGGAACUGGAGGCCCCUGGUGGAAUAGCAACACCACAAGUUUAUGGUCAACUGCUUGCUUUGUAUCUGCUACACAAUGACAUAAAUGGUGUUUGCAUUAAUUAUUGCAGGAAUACUGCACGGUACCUCUGGAAGAGAAUACCUCAAGCCAUCAAAACUGCUAAUCCUGAACUGGGAGCAAUUUGGUCUGUGGGACAGCGUAUCUGGCAAAGGGACUUUCCUGGAAUUUACACGGUGAUUAGCUCACAUCAAUGGUCUGAAACCAUCCAGCCUAUCAUGGAGGAACUGGGAGAUGCAACAAGACGACGUGCCUUUGGUCUUGUUGCCCAAGCGUAUACCUCGAUUAGUGCCGAUGAUCUCGCAGCCUUUGUGGGACUUCCAGUAGAAGAUGCUGUUAAAGCCGUAUUAGAACAAGGGUGGCAGGCAGAUCCAUCUACACGAAUGGUUGUACCCAAAAAGACAGAACCUCCCCCAGUACCACAGAUUCCUAAUGAACAACAGUUGGCCAGACUAACUGACUACGUGGCCUUCCUCGAGAAUUGACAAACUCCAACCAUCGAGAGAGAGACGAAACCCAGCCAUGUCAGUUUCUUGUUCUGAGAAUGACAGAGACCAGCAGAAUUUCUGUGUAUGCUAACCUUGACUAAAAGGAGACUCUAAAAGUUGCUCUUGAAUGUUCUUGUAAAUAUCAAUGUCACUAAAUUAAAAGCCCUCUCCAGGGGAUAUCUAGUA